AACGGCGCCUCCACCACGCGGAGCAACCUCAACGUAAACACGUUCAGGGAGCGAGCUCGUCGACGGCAUGGGUCGUGUAGCCAAUUACCACUUAAAAGCAAAGAAAGGGCCGGGAAGAAAGGCCAAGAAACAGCAGGCGCCGGUUUUUCAAUUCAAAGAUGAAAAUGGAGAAGACAAGAAGCUUAGUAGAAGACAGAAAGUUCGGGCCAAGAAACGAAGCCUGAAAAAUAAAGAGCCGGAAAGUGUCCCUCCGAAGAAAGCCAGGAAUUGGGCACCAGAAUCAGAAGAAGAUGCUGGCAGCGAUGGACAACAGCUCGACUCCCCAGAAGCGUCAGAUGAAGAACUGGAGGAACAGACAAGUGGAAAACCAAAAUCUACUUUGUUUGAUGAUGACGAUGACGAUGAUGAUGAGAAUGGCUUUGAUGAAGCGGAAGAUGAUGAUGUCGACAGCUAUGAUGAGUUCGAUGAAGAUGAUGAUUAUGAUGAUGACAUUGAAAAACUAUCUAGAAAAUUGGAAAAGAAAAAGAAAGCUGAGGAUGCUGAAGGUGAUGCAUAUAUGGAAGAAGCAGCUGGGAAAAUCGAAAUACAGAUACCAACAAUCGAGGAAGUGGAGAAAGAAUUGUCAGAAAAUCCAGACCUAGCAAACGUCCAGUCCCGCAUCAAGGACAUUGCCUUCAUACUGUCUGAUUUCAGUAAUAGAAGAGAAGAGGGGAGAAGUCGGUCUGAAUACCUAAGCAUCUUUCUGAAAGAUCUCACCACGUACUACUCGUAUAAUGAGUUUCUCAUGGAGAAGCUCUUGCACAUGUUUGGUGUCACAGAGCUAGUGGAGUUCCUGGAGGCUAAUGAACGUCCAAGACCAGUGACCAUCCGCACCAAUACGCUGAAAACACGACGAAAGCUCUUGGCCAGUGCACUCAUCGACCAGGGUGUAGAUGUUGAUGUAAUUGCGUGGUCAAAGGUGGGCCUCAUUGUUAUGCAGACUCCUGGAACAGUAGCACUGGGAGCCACACCACAGUACCUUGCUGGACAGUACCUUUUACAGGGAGCAUCAAGUUUCCUUCCAGUGAUGGCUCUGGCACCCAAAAAUGGAGAAAAAGUGCUAGACAUGUGUGCUGCACCAGGAGGAAAGUCAACACAUAUCGCUGCUAUCAUGAAAAAUACUGGUAUGAUUGUCAGUAAUGAUGUACAUGCUGCUCGAGUUAAAGCACUCGUGGGCAACUUUCACAGAAUGGGAAUUACCAAUUCCUUGAUAACCAACAUGGAUGGACGUGCAUUUGCCAAGAAAAUGCCAGGAGCCUUUGACCGCAUCCUACUAGAUGCACCCUGUUCGGGCACAGGUGUCAUCAGCAAAGACGAGAGUGUGAAGAUUACCAAGGAUGCCAAGGAUAUUCAGAGAUGCUCUCACCUUCAGCGAGAACUCCUACUGGCGGCUAUUGACUCUGUACACAAAUACAAUGGAGAAAAUGGCUAUGUUGUAUAUUCCACGUGCUCCAUCUUGGUGGAAGAAAACGAGGAAGUUAUUGACUAUGCCUUGAGGAAGAGGAAAGUAAAGCUAGUGCCAACAGGCUUAGAAAUUGGCAAGCCAGGAUAUAUUCACUACAGAGGGCACAAGUUUGACAAUAACAUGCACAUGUGCAAGCGUGUGUACCCCCAUUCCUAUAACAUGGACGGCUUCUUUGUUGCAAAGUUAAAGAAACUGGAUGACGGACCAAGAAUUAUUGUACAGGAAGAGACGACAGAGGAAACCACAGAAGAGAUGGAGGAGACUGAGCAAAAGGAAGAAGAGGCACAAGAGGAAGUAAAGAAAACAACAAAGAAAGGGAAAAAAGGAGAGAAAGCAUUGACUGGAAAGAAAGUGCUGACUGGAAAGAAAGUCUUGAAUGGAAAGAAAGUCUUGAAUGGAAAGAAAGUCUUGAAUGGAAAGAAAGUCUUGAAUGGAAAGAAAGCAGUGAAUGAAAAGGAAGUAUCUAAUGAAAAGAAACUCUUAAAUGGAAAGAAAGCGUUGAACGGGAAGAAAGUAGUGAAGGGAAAGAAAGAAAUAAAAGACAAGAAAGUCGUGAAGGGAAAGGAAGAAAUGAAAGACAAGAAAGUAGUGAAGGGAAAGGAAGAAAUGAAAGACAAGAAAGUAGUGGUCUGUAAAAUGACUGACACAAAUUCUCAAGUUUUAUCCUUCCCAUGGAAACUUUGGGCUAACUUGCAUCUGAAGAACUUUGAUGCCUUUUAA